CCACUCAACGGACUCGAAAUGUGCUUCAGAUAUAGCUUCAUAGUAUUCGCGGCUGUUCUGCUCCUGGCAGCCGGAAUUCGGGCAGCUCCCUCGGAUGUCGUCGUGGAGAAGGCGGAUGAUCCCGCGGUGACCAAUCCCCUGCCGGAUGCCAGUGAGCUCACUGUGCCGGAGGACUGCCAUCAGCCCAAGGAAACCGGUCGCUGUUUCGCCCUGUUCUAUCGCUACGCCUACAACGUGGAUACCCAAUCCUGCGAGGAAUUCGUCUACGGAGGAUGUGCCGGCAACAAGAACAACUUCGAGUCCAAGGAGCAGUGCGAACAGGCCUGCCUGGGAAAGUCUACGGGUUCCUCCAUAGACUCAACUACCGAACAAAACAGCGAAGUGGCCACAGAAACUAGCACCUCGUCUUAAACAAUUGUAGUUCCUUAGUUUGUAAUUUAUUUGUCAUCCAACUUCAUCAGCGUUUUAAAAUCAUUUCUUCACUGAGUUGAUUAUUUGAAUAAUUUUAAAUAAAUAUACCAUUGUGAUUUAUA